UUUUUGUGUGUGUAUGUCCAGUACCUCUCUGUAGGAUCAUCAACCUGACAGAAAAGCAUGACAGGUGCUGUAAAGGUUUUCCUCAUAUGCUGUCUACUUCAAGGUAGCUUAUGCCAACAAUGGGCAGUCUUCAUGCCUGAGAGAGUAGAGGGACUAAGUGGAUCCUGUGUGAUCAUCCCCUGUACUUUCACCUUGCUCGCUGAUUUUGAGCAAUACCUGGAUGAUUCGUGUAAAGCCAUUUGGAGGAGAGGCUGGAAUCGAGUGCAGGUGUUUGAUUCCAGCCUCACUGCAGCAGGUGCGAGCUCAAACACCAUGCAGGGAAACCUGACGGGGGUCCUACGUGACAAGGACUGCACCACCAUCUUCAACAACCUGCCAUCAAACCAUUAUGACCGCUAUUACUUCAGACUGGAGUGUGAGAACAAACUGAAGUACAGCUUUCACACAGAUGUCAUUAUCACCACUCAAGUUCAACUGCCCAGACCCACCAUAACGCCAUCCAGGCUGGAGGUAGAAGAAGGGACUCCAGUGAGGUUGAACUGCUCGGCUCUAGCUGUCUGUCCCAUUCUUCCUCCAGCUCUAACAUGGACCCCCAGUAUUGGUGACAUUGAGGAGGAUACAGAAACCAAACAUGUGACCUCUGUUAUGAACUUUACCGCUUCUUACCUACACAAUGGACAGAAGCUCUUGUGCAGCGUUCUCUACAACCGACAAGCUGGCAACAGCGAUCUUCUGUAUAAACAAAGUUUGACCCUCGGUGUUCUUUAUCCUCCAAAUAACACAUCAGUCAGUUUCUCUGGUCCUGUAAAAGAGGGCAGCUCUGUGACUCUGACCUGCAGCACUAACGCAAAUCCAGCUGUGGACAGCUACACCUGGUACAAAGUGGAUGGAGAUCAUGUCACAGCAGUGGGUUCUAAGAAGAGGCUUUCAACUACGGUCUCAGAAGUCGACAACCAGUUUUACUGCAAAGUCAGUAACAGAUAUGGAUCCCAGAAUUCAUCCAUCGCUCAGAUAGACGUACAAUUUUCUCCCAAGGACACCACAGUAGUCGUCGACCCUGAUGGUCCAAUACUGGAGGGCAGCUCUGUUACUCUGUUCUGUAGGAGCCGUGCCAACCCACCAGUGACCAACUACACCUGGUACAAAGAUGAUGAAGAGGAAAACGAGCCUGGGUUGAGCUUAGUUCUAAACGGCAUCGACCAGAGCCAUAAUGGUGACUACCACUGUGCAGCAAAAAAUGAGCUGGGAGAGGGAAUUUCAGCAGCGAUUCAGCUGGACGUUCAGUAUCCCCCUAAGAACACCACAGUUUCAGUUGACCCCUCUGGUCCAGUGGUGGACGGCACCUCUGUAACUCUGACCUGCACAACCAUCGCCAAUCCAGCAGCAGUUAACUUCACCUGGUUCAGAGUGGCUGGAAGAGAAAAGGAGAUGGUGGGCUCUGAGCAACACUUCAUCUUCAACGUGACCAAACUCUCAGAGGACCAGUAUUACUGUGAAGCUCUGAAUGUCCACGGAGCUGAAUGCUCAGAGCUGGCCAGUUUUGAUGUCACAUUUUCUCCAGAGAUCCUGCCUUCUUCCCGUUGCGUCAAGAUUUUAUCCCAGAUUCGAUGCACCUGCGACAGCCAGGCGAACCCUCCUCCCUCCCUGGUUUGGGAAUUGGCCGGGGAGCCUGUCAAUCACUCAGCUGACAUCCCAAUCAGGGAAGUUCCCAUGGGAAGUGUGGGCAUGAGGAGCCUCAUCACCUUGUACCAUCUGGAUGGAGACAUGCCCUCUUUAGUCUGCCUCAGCAUCAACUCACUGGGCUCGGAUAGUUUUGUGUUCAACGUGUCCUCCAGUGAAACUCAGCUAGUCCUCCAUGCUGUGUCUCUUUUGAUUGGCUCUGCAGCAGGAGCACUGGGGAUGAUGUUGGUGUGUGUCCCGCUGCUGCUGUUCUUUUGCAGGAAAAGGAAAGGCAGCCUUUCACCCGACAAGGGAAUUGUGGACACUUCAGACAUUUUAGUUACUAAUGAGACCAACUCUUCACAAGUGGAUGUGAUUUAUGUCAAUAAUGCCAUUCUGGAACAGGAUGGAGUAGUUGAAGAAGACUCUCUGCACUAUGCCAAUGUGGACUUUGUUAAACUCCAGGCCAAGUCAGAGGGUAAGCUUGAGGAAGGGGAGAUCAAAGGCCUGGCCUCCAAGACAGCAGAGUAUGCUGAGAUCCGUCUGCACUCCAGAGGAGUUAACGGAGGAGCCAGAAAGGAAGAAGAAACAGUUGCUGAUACUCACUAAGGACAAAAGAAAGACACUAAUGGUCUUAUCAGUGAAAAGGUUAUGGCUUAA